CUACCCCUCAAAUGCAAGUUUAAUGAACCUAAAGCGUUAUACAUUGGUGUGCCUGCUUUACUAAGCCGAAACUUAAACUUUCUCGCAGUGUGGUCAAAGAGUAUGAUCAUCCUUGAAGUUUAUAAUCUAUAUAGUAUAUAGUUCAUACUACUGAGAACGGUUCAUAAAGCGGAAUCUUUUAGAAAUUAUAUGCCUACACACCCGGAGCGUUUACAAACGAACACCGGUUUCCGGUUAGUUGAAAUUUUGAAAUGUCUAUUUUGACUGCAAGUCGGGAUAGUGGUUUUACAGGUGGGUGCUGAUAGCUAUCCUGCGUCAGUGAAGUGUGUUUCCUCUCAGACAGAGAUGUCCAUGCUGUUUCCCUCGCUGUUUCCCCGGUUGACAGAGUCUCUGUGGUUCAACCUGGACCGGCCGUGUGUGGAUGAGACAGAGCUACACCAACAGGAGCAACAGCACCAGACCUGGUUACAAAGCAUCGCAGAGAAGGACAAUAACCUGAUGCCUAUUGGGAAGCCAAUCUUCGAGACAUUUGACGAGGAGGAAGAGGAGGAGGAUGAGGAUGAGGAAGAUAGUGAAGAAGACUCUGAGGAUGAAGAGGACAUGCAGGACAUAGAUGAGAUGAAUGACUACAACGAGUCACCGGACGACGGCGAGGUGGACAUGGAGGGAGCAGACCAAGACCAAGACCAGUGGAUGAUCUAGACCAGAGUAAUCCUCGCUACUCUCUGAUUUCCCCUUAGUAGCUCUCCAGCAGGAUAGGUGCUCAUCUACUCAUCCUGACAGUGUGUCUUAGCUGGUGAACUUUCCCUGCUGUUCUCACCCACCAUGGGAAACAACAGGGUGAGCUGUGUGGUGUCUAACUGCAUGGAGAAAGUGCGUGUUCUCUCAUUCAGUGUUCAACAGUUGCAAUGUGUGAAGACUGAACUGUAAAAGGUUCUUGAGAUAAGUAGUUUUGCAACAUUAGGAAAAAGAAAGCAGUCUCCACCUCUGUCCUCCCCAUCAGGCCGAGACAGUCAGACCCCUUGUUUAGACUACACACACAUUUAACUCAAGGACAGCUGAGUGCGAACUCACUCCCCUCUCUGGUACUUGUUAUUCUGUUGGAAUGUGUACUUUGACCCCCCCCAGUCGCCAGUCGUGUCACAUCUGAAUGGGUUCCCUUAAAACAGCGGAAUGGGCAUAAACCACAGCCUGUACACUGCACUUGAGUAAUCUGCUGUGUGUGUGUGUGGCCAACAGAAACCUGGAGAGUAAGAACACGUUCUAUAGAAUGUCAGUAUUCAACAAGUUGUAAAAAGGAACUUCACAGAUGCUCAGUUGUAUGUAAAGUAAAUAACUUUUUAAAUGGUCAAGUUUCUUAUGUAAAUAAAGAAAAACAAUGUCUACAGAA